AUGAACGACCCCAAGGACGACUCGCUCUUGUCUGACAAGGACCGUGAGGAAAAGGACAGGCUCGCUCGCAUAAAAGAAAAGGAAGAGCAGGAUGCUCUGCCUUACAAGUGGAGGCAAACUCUACAAGAUGUAGAUAUUGCUGUUCCCAUUCCAAAAGGCACCAGGGCUAAAGACAUGGCCAUUACAAUCAAACAGAAGCAUCUUAGUGUUGGCUUCAAGUCCACUCCCACUCCCAUCUUCAGUGGUGAGCUCUGCAACAAUAUCAAGGUGGAGGACUCCACUUGGCUAUUUGAUAAUGGCGAGAUCAUGAUCCACUUGGAAAAAAUCAAUGAUCGAGAAUGGUGGAAGAAUGUCAUUACUGACCACCCAGCGAUCGACACCACAAAGAUUGUCCCCGAAAAUUCAAAACUUGGAGACUUGGAUGGCGAAACUCGUGCCAUGGUUGAAAAAAUGAUGUUUGAUCAACGCCAAAAAGCAAUGGGUCUUCCUUCUAGCGAUGAUCAGAAAAAAGCAGAUGUACUCAAAAGAUUCAAGGAACAACACCCCGAGAUGGAUUUUAGCAAUGCAAAAAUGGAGUAA